AUGUAUCGCACAAACGGACGGUUAACAGAGGAGUCACCUGGCCGAGCCACCUGUUCCCACAGCCCCACCACUUCCAGCGAAUCGCCAGACAUCCCAUCCCAUUCCUCCCACGUCGGUGCUGCUGAAGCGGCCAAGCGGCAUCUUCCCUUGCCAAACGUGCCUUGCCUUGCCUCACUGCCUGGUGCGUACAACGUGAUCAGUUCGCUAGAAUUCAUCUCAUUCUAUCAUUUGUUAUCAUUCCUUCUGCUCUCGCUUCGACUCAACAAGUCUUCCUUGCUUCCUUCUUCAUACUUCAAGAUGGCGAUCCGAUCUGUUCGACUUCUACUGCUAACCAUCGCGCUAGUCUCGCUAGCGUCAACGGCGGCGGCGGCGUACAACGCGGUGGCGGGCUUGAAAGCGAUUGAAACCGCGCUGAAGAAUAAAAACUACCAGUCCGUCAUCACGCUCAUGAAGACAAGCAAAUUCAACGACACGCUCGUCUCAAUUCUGCCCAAGUACAAGGUGACGCUGCUGGUGGGGCAGACCAAGGCGUUCGGCAAGCUAAGCAACUGGGCGUCGAUAAAAAAGAAUGCGCGCACGGGAUUCCAGAUCGCUGCGUUCAACAUGCUCGGCGACCUCCACACGAAGAAAGCCAUGCAGGGUUACCCUGUGGGCAAAACGUUCGGUACGGGUGACUACAAUUACCUCCAAACGAAGCUCAAAUCCGCUGGCAAAAAAAUCAUGAUCGGAACCUCCACCAGCAAUGGGUCGAUCGUUGAUUGGACACUCUACAUGGAUGCGCAAGUGAUAGUCCACGGUGUAGACACCGUUAUCAUGCCGCCCAAGUUCAAGUAA